AUGGCAAGAGGUGUUGAGAUUGCCUAUUAUGAGUUUGUUUACGACGGCCAUCCCGCGGAAGUUUUGAAAGGGUUACAGGAGUUGAAGAGCAAGAAGCAUCUGAUGGAUGUGACACUGGUCGCCGAGGGGAAGGAGAUCCCCUGCCAUCGCGCCGUUCUCUCGUCCUGCAGCGGCUACUUCAGGGACAUGUUCUGUAAUGAACUUGAGGAGACCAAGAAGGAUAAGAUCGAGAUCAUGGGCAUCACGUCCGAGGCACUGCAGCUCCUGGUGGACUUUGCCUACAGUUCAAAAGUGACCAUCACCACUAUCAACGCCCAGCCUUUAUUCGAGGCAGCUAAUCUUCUCCAGAUCCUCCCCGUGCGCGACGCCUGUGCGCGGUUCCUGGCGGAUCACCUGACGCCCAGUAACUGCCUGGGCGUGUGGGUGCUGUCCCACACGUUGGCGUGUGAGGAACUGGCCAACAGGUCGCGAGCCUUCUCGUUAAGACACUUUCCGAUGAUCUGCCAACACGACGAGGAAUUUGUCCAGCUCCCCGGGGAUCUGCUGAAGAUGUACAUCUCUGGAUACCUCAAUGCUCAAGAGGAGGAGCAGGUGUUCGAGAUGGUGAUGAAAUGGGUCAAGCACGACCUGCGACAGCGCAAAAAAUUCCUGAAAGAGGUCGUGGAGGAUAUCAGGUUCCCACACAUGGACCAAAUCUACCUUAUGAGGAGUGUUGAAGCUGACGAAGUUGUCAUGAAGGUCCCCGGAAUCCGAGAUAUCCUACACGAGGCCAGGAUGUACCAUAUCUCCCGAGGGGAGGUCUCGUCCCCUCGAACAAGACCGCGCCUUGCUUAUGGCCUACACGAGGCAAUGGUGGUGUUAGGAGGGACCCGCGUUGUCAAUGGUGAGUACAAUAAUGAUGUCUACUGCUUUGUUCCUGCGUAUAGUCAAUGGAGCAAGUUAACAUCUUUGCCUAAAGACCUGAAGAACACCGUGGAAUACGCUGCCACGACACUCAAUAACGACAUCGUAAUAACGGGUGGAUAUCGGAGCCCCACGGCAGCUUGGCUGUACUCCACUCAGUUCAAUACUUGGAACAAACUUCCUCCUCUCAGCGUGGGAAGGUUCCGACACAAGAUGGCCACCCUGGACGGUCGGGUGUACGUGCUGGGCGGGAAGAACCCCCGCGGAUCCCUGCAGGUUUUACCGUCCCUGGACAGCGUGGAGAUUUACGACCCCCCCAACACGUGGAAACCGUCGGUUCCCCUCCUGAAGGGGGUUCGGGCUUGUGCCAUAGCCACCUGCGAGGGGAAAAUGUACGUGAUCGGAGGGAAAGACACAGACCAGACAGCCACCGACGCUGUACAGUGUUACGAUCCGGUGCAAAAACGAUGGAGCUUUAGGACUCCCAUGCCUAUGGCUGAGUCUUGUUUCAGUGCCACUAGUGUAAACGCCCUCAUUUAUGCUGUAGGAGGGAGAUUCCAAGCAAUACAAUGUUAUGACCCCAACACGGAUAGAUGGCAGGAGCUGGCGCAGUCUCUGGCCCCCUGGGAUUACUGCAGCGUGACGACGUGUGAUAACAAACUCUACGUCACCGGCGGGAGGGUCGAGGACAAAGUGAAGAAAGGGAAGGACACGGUGCAGAGUUACGACCCAGCAAAUGACCUCAUUGAGCUUGUGCACCCGAUGCCUGUCAAGCUUUUUGCACACUGCGCAGUCACCAUCUUAAAACGCAGAAGGUAA